UCAGCAGCGCACAUGGAUGUUUCUUCCUUGGGAAUCCAUGUCCGUCGUCUUGUAUCACUCUUAUUAACUUGCACCGUCACCAUCAUCCUGGCUGCGGCGGCGGCGUCAACCGCCGCUUCCGACGGCGUUAAACUUAAGCAAACUUCCACCGCCGUUCUCAUUAUCGUGGACCAGUCCGGCCAUGGAGACUACAUUAAGAUACAGGACGCCAUUGAUUCCGUUCCGUCCAAAAACUCUGAGCUCGUUUACAUUUCCGUUAAGCCGGGGACCUACAGAGAGAAAGUUGUAGUGCCUGUUGAUAAGCCGUUCAUUACGCUUAGUGGAGACGACGCUUCCAACACCGUUAUAACGUGGAGUGACGGCGGAGACAUUAUUCAUUCUCCAACACUCACAGUUUUUGCUUCGGAUUUUGUUGGAAGAUAUUUAACAAUUAUGAAUACAUUUGGGAGGAGUGGGAAAGGAGUGGCGUUGAGGGUUUCAGGAGAUAGAAGUGCGUGGUAUGGUUGCAGGAUUAAAUCUUAUCAAGACACUCUUUUGGAUGAAGCUGGUAAACAUUAUUAUAGCAACUGUUAUAUUGAAGGCGGCGUUGAUUUCAUAUUUGGUAACGCCGCUUCUCUCUUUGAGGGAUGCGAAAUACACUCGAUUGCAGUAGGGGGUGGAGCAAUCACUGCUCAACGCAGAGAAUCGGCUGAAGAAAACACUGGUUUUACUUUCCUGGGAUGCAAGAUCACAGGCACAGGAACCACUGUGCUUGGUAGACCGUGGGGACCUUAUUCCAGGGUGGUUUGGGUCUCGUCCUACAUGUCCAGUGCUAUACAGCCUGAGGGUUGGAAUGACUGGGACGACCCCAAACGCCAGAGGACGGUAUACUAUGGGGAAUACAAAUGUUACGGUCCAGGUGCUGAUCGAUCAAAAAGAGUAGAAUGGUCGCGCAGCCUAUCUAAGGCGGAGGCUAAACCGUUCAUGACAAAGAAAAUGAUCGAAGGGCAAGAAUGGCUUAGGCAAGCACCCACCAACUUCAAGAGGAUGAGCUCUUGUAAAGACAUGCCAUGUUAAAGAGUGUUUGCGCAGCGUAUAUGUGCAUAUAUAUUGUACAAAAUUGUAAAAUAUGAAUGUAUUUGCGUGCGCAACUGAAUAUUAAUGGUAUUAAUAUACAAGUGUUAGUAGUUAGAGC